GCUUUUCCGUUGGGUGUUCCAUAAUCGUAUCCAGGUGAUGGUUGACUCGGAGAAAGGCGGUAGUCAUGCCUCCAGUUCUUCACAAUUAUCGGUUUUGAAGGAUAUGGACCUCGUGAACUGGUUGGAAAAGAAGUUGAACGAUGCCGGAGUGUGGUCCGGACGUAUGACCGCUUCGAUGCUUUCCAGAGAAAUGGUUGAAGAGCUGGAGACAUGUUUCCAGGCGAUUGAUGUACAAACGAAACUAAAGAUCAUAUGCUGCAUUCCUCACAUGAAUCCGCGAAAGCUGAGUACUAUUCAUAAUGCUCUCACAACUCUUCUUGACCUAGCCAGUAAAGAUGCUGAUGACUGGGUCGAAACUAUAGCAGAUAUGUAUAGGGACAUAACGUCUACAGGGGUCAUAAUACCCGUUUCAUCCAACAAAGACUCCCAUUUCUCCAAAACUUUGGAUGAUCUGACCAAGUGCUUUCAAAGGCACUCUGAAGCAGGUAACCUCAAACUUUCCCCUGAGGGCCACAAUGUAGCACACACUUCAGUCAAUAAGGCCAGUUUUGGAGCUGCUCCAGAACUUGAGAAAUGUUUUAUACUCCGAAAAAAGCCGAAAUCCUUCAAUCUUUCCAAUGAAAUGACCAAGCAAUGUGCAAAACUGGCGGACACUAAUCGCGAGCGGAACAGUGGAUUGUGGAGUGCAACCGUGCCGAUCAAAAUACGAUCAACGUUACGAACAGGAAACAAUGAUUUGCCGAUGAAGGGGAUACCUAAUCAGAAUACCUGCAAACUUAAUUCGGGUUUCACAUACGAGCCGAAGAAGUUCCAGCGGCAGCUAUCAAGGCGCGAAGGUGGAGCAAAGCUUCUAGAUAUUUGUGAACUACCACAGUCUCUCAAGAAGCGGCGGCAGUUGGAAAUGAUAGAAGAGCGGAAACGGAAGCAGGAAGAGAAAGAAUUAGCUAAGAAGAAAGCGUUGGAAGAUAAGCGCGAACGAGAGGAAGCUAAGAAGGCUGCGCAACAAAAGCAAGAGAAUUCGAAGAAAGCUCCCCCGGAGAAGAGAGCUCGCAUUGACAGCUUACGUAGUACAUCGGUUAGUGAGGAAAGUGAAAAGGUCAACACCCCCACAACGCAAUCAGCACCAGAUUAUUCUACUUCUGAGCCUACGGUCUCUUCCAGUCCUGCGGAUUCAGAAAAGGUGGAAACGCAACCGCAUGCUACUGAGAAUUCUGAGACCGAAUCGCAAGCUCAGCACAAAGAUUACUUGGAUAGACAGUCCCUGGAACAGUCUUCAUUUUCUCGUUCGUUACAAACCAACAAUCAACCUGCGCAGCAGCAGCAGCAGCAGCAGUACUUGUCCCAUCCUUUCCAACAACCAUCGACUCACCGGCCUCCUUCAUAUGGCUCUGGUCAAGUCUGGGUAGCUACAUCCGUUCGUGACCAGCGCACUCCAGCUCAAAGAGCUCGAGAAGCGGCAAUCAUGAAUCAGUGUAAUGAGAUGCUGCGUAAUGCAAACUCUUUGGAUCAGAAUGGACGACAGCUGGUAGUUGCCUUUAUGACUGGAAAUAAAUGUAAUCCGCGCCCGGAGCUUGGACACAUAAUCACCAUGAAGCUUUCUGAAACGAUUGAAGAUGGCUUAGCCGAUAAUCAGAUGUGCAAAAUGAAGGUGGAAACUUUCUUCCAGAUGGAUUAUCAAAGCGGUGAAUGGAAGCGCUUGCGAAAGUGUCGUCUGCUUCAACCGCAUGAACUUGAUGCUGCUGAACAGUACAUGUAUGUCCCGCAGGAAGGUUACCAUACACAAGCGCAGCAGCAACCAACCUAAUACAGUAUGCUCAUUCAAGAAUGACUUUUUUGCCUUAUAUCUCAUCUCUAGUCUGUGUUUUGUAUUUUAGCUGCAAUAACUACUAACACGUUCUAGUGUUGCACGUACGGGUUUAGUCGCCUUGCUCUAAUUUGAAGGGAACUUGUUUUGAUUGACGUCAUGCCAGUAACGUAGUCGUUACCUUAUGCCAUCUGUGGGUGCUUGCUUUUGCUGAUGGAUGCUCAGAAAUGUGCUUCUUAUGAGAGUUAGGGAUCAAAGUCAGGAU